GCGAAGCGUCAGUCUCGUCGCGUACCGUGAACCGAACGGAUCUUUCAUCGAUGCUCCUCUUCUCUGUUCGUUCAUUCCCCUCCGACUCCUUGCAAUCGUUCUCUCCUCUCGUUUCAAGUUUCGUGUUAGUCGAACGGUGAAGUACAAAGUUUGUGACCGUUUUGGUGCUAUCGCAUCGAGUGUUCGCAUGGACGGUAACCAGUGGAAAGUAAGGCGAACUGUACGAUACGUAGAUCGGAGGAUUCGCGAGGAUUUCUACGUACGUAUCGUAGAUUCGUGGAAUUAUCGUACCGACGAACGCUCGAGUCUCGGCGACUGCAACAGAAACAGGUGUUCAAAGGCUGAUCGGAAAGCGACGCCACGCGAACGAUGGUGCGGAGGCGGGCGGGUGAAUCGUAGUACGGCUACGCGAUGCGUCCUCGUGGUACGUGGCGUCGGUGAAUCGAGUCGUCACAUUUUUUUCCCAUCUAUAUACCGAUGGUUCUAUGAAUAUUAAGAGAAAAAGAGAGAAUCCACGAUGCGCGUUACGUUCGAUAGAGAUUUGUUCGAUAGUAAUGCUUCGUUUGUUGCUUUUCUUCUUCGUUGUCAUAUAUACUGAUAUAUGCUUGGAGAGAAUCGGUAUUUACGUGUUGCUCCGUUUCUCGAGUGGAGUCGUACACAAUAUCCGGCUUCGGUAGCGUGACCGAGCAGCGAGUAUAAAUACUGGCGGCGAACGAGUUCGGUUCGUCGGACGAUGAGAGCGAUAAACAAUCUGUAUUGGAACGCGAUCGUUGGCCAGAUUUGAUAAUAUCGACCACGGUGACUCGUCCACGUUGCCAGAAAUCCGUCGUAGUCGCAGAAUGCAGUCGAACACGAUACUGCGCGAUGUCACCAGCACCGAGAAGCUGAUGGGAAACAACAACAAUUUGAACAACAACGGUUCCCCUGGCGCAGAUAUAAUGUUCCAGAUGGAAGAUGAUAGUUUAACGCAGCUUGGAAGCGUGUUUCAGUCGGCGUAUCAGUCGAUCGUCGGAGGUAGUGCUCAGUAUGGCUCGGAUGAAUUCGGUCAGGACUCUCCACGAUACACCUCCCCUAAGGCUGCGACCCUCUACGCAGAUCCUUAUUAUAUCGAUGGGAACGCUGCAGGAACGGGUCCCGGAGAUCCAUGGACGGGAGGUGGCGGCGGUGUACAACCUCCGUAUAGCGGCUACGCACCCCCUCACCUGGCCCAACCAGCCUAUCCCAUGCACCUACCCCACGACCCCAUGGCAUACUCGGCCAUGUCACCGAACGGAGAACCGGCAGCGCCAAUUCUGGGCUCGGCGGUGACCAGUGCGGCCUCGCUGCCACCAAUGUCGACAUUCCGGGGUAGCGGCGCAGUUGCGGCAAAUAGUGGAACCGGUGCACCAUCCCCGGCAUCGUUGCAAUAUAGUCAUAGUCCUGGUGCACCGACUACCGCACCCUCCGCCCCCAACUCUGCACCCACGACGAACCGACAACCUGCUACGGGGGACAACCUCGGCAUUUCUAUCUCGCAGAUUAACCCCACGAACCAAUCAGUAUCGAGUUAUAGCAGCAACCCAUCCACACCAGUCAGUUCGCCACCACCCUUGACUGGUUCGGCGCCAGGUUGGGUACCAGGUGCUGCACCAGUUUCUCCACAUUUCACGGCGGAUCCCAACCGUGGAACCAUUCACAUGCCGGCGCCUGAACAGCAGAGGCUAGACGAUGCCAUCGGCUUUCUUCGCGACCAUGCCGAGUUGGUACAGGGUACGCGGAUGGAGGAACGACUGGACGAUGCCAUAAACGUGUUGAGGAAUCACGCGGAGAGCCAAUUAGGUCUUCAUUUGGGUCCCGUUGCUCCACACGGUUCCAUCUAUUCCCACACAUCACCACCUCAACUAGACCAUUUGACGAGUCCUCAUCCUGCGGUAACAGUAACGCAACCUCAGGGCUCCUACUCUGGUCUGACACCCACACCCGACACAGACGGUUCCAUCAAAAUUGAAAGGUUACCUGUGACGAAUGCCAAAUACGUCUCUUUAGAAAAGAGAAAGGACCCGCCGGAUAGUGCGGCGGCGAGCGGCGGCGAGACAAAACCUUCGAGCAGCGAGCUUGCAGCAGCGGGUGUGAUCUCUACGUCUCAAGGAAAAGGGACGAAGAGAUCGCGUAGAUAUUGUUCGAGUGCUGACGAAGACUGCGACGAUCCCAGCACCAAAGCGGUGCGCGAAAAGGAACGUCGCCAGGCCAACAACGUGCGUGAAAGGAUACGUAUCAGAGAUAUAAACGAGGCUCUGAAGGAACUUGGUAGAAUGUGCAUGACACAUCUAAAGACAGACAAACCUCAGACGAAACUUGGUAUCCUCAACAUGGCUGUUGAAGUGAUCAUGACGCUAGAACAGCAAGUUAGAGAACGAAACCUGAAUCCAAAGGCAGCGUGCUUGAAGAGGAGGGAAGAAGAGAAGGCAGAGGAUGGGCCUCACCCUCAUCCUCUUCCCCACGCGCAUUCUCAGCGACUGUUCUCCGCAAUGCCUGGCCCACCACCGCCACUUCAAAACCAUACGACGCAGCCACAGUAGCACAUCCUGUGUUAAGGGGUAGAUACACUGGCUCACGGAAUUUGAACACUUAGCAUAGAAAAUAUUUAUGUUUAUAUUGUGUGCGAUAUACAGAAUAUUUCGAAAUUUCACUAGCACUGUAACGAGGCCCGACUGUCAUGAUCACGUCGAUCAAAUUCGACGUCAAUUUGAAAAUGUGUAUACAAGCUACAAGAUAUUCAUAGCAGAUAUGUAUUUAAUAAAAAAUUAUCGUACUGCUUGGAUAGUAUGUGAGAAGGACAAUGUAUGGUCCCACCGAAGAUAUUGGAGUUUAUUAAAAUAAUGAAUAAUUCAUUGUUUACUUACUUUUCUGAUCUUUGCGAAAUACAUACUUGUACUAAAUA